UUACGAGAAGCAAAGCGAUUUUUUUACAAAUGGGUUAACGUUGCUACAUAAUUAUUAUUUGUGAUUCACAAUUUUAGGUUUAACUUGAACUAUGUCUAAAAAUAUAGUAUUUGAGGGCUGGUUAACUAAAUCGCCACCAAUCAAGCGGAUAUGGAGAACGAAAUGGCGGAGAAGGUGGUUUGCCUUGCGACAGUCAGGUGAACUGCCUGGUCAAUAUUUUCUGGAUUACUACGCCGAUCGACACUGCAGGCGAUUAAAAGGCACGAUCAACCUUGACUUCUGUGAACAGGUUGAUGCCGGUUUACACAUGGAACGUAGUAGUAAUGGUUCCUUGGACCCCAAGUUGCGUGGCUCAGUGUUCACAAUACAGACCCAGUCCAGGAUAUACCAUCUGGAGGCUGAUUGUGAGGCAGAGAUGGAGAGAUGGGUGGACGCAAUCUGCAAAGUCUGCGGACUCAGAGCUACAGACGAAACAAAUGUAUCAGGUAUAUAUCAAAAUGAGAUAAAUUGUAAGGAGAUUGCCAUGAGGCCUAUUAAAGAUGGAAAUAUUGCAGAGAAGGCAACAAAUCAACCAAAUUCGACAUCUAGGAAUGUAAAUAAUGUGCAAAACUACGACAGUGUCCAUUUCGACGAUCAGUACGAGGAUGGGGACACUGGACCCUAUAUACCAAUAUCGGAGUGCAUCACAGGAGUGCGAGCACCGGACACUGGUAGAACAUUUACGUUUGAUCCCAAAAAUAUAAUCGUUAGCUCUAACACACCAUUUCAAAGAGGAUACCACGAAAAGAACCACAUGUAUUUUAGCCAGCCCCAGAUCAGAGUGAAUAAUGUUGAAUUCUCAGAAAAUGAAUCAAAUUUGAGUGAUGAUGAGUGCAAAUCACUAAAUGCUAGUCAAUGUAAUAUUGGAGACUGGUCAGCGGCAAAAUCCUUCAAGAAAAUGGCAGUAAAUACAUCACCAUUAGAAAGUGGAAUAGAAAAUGGACCUCCGAUACCACCGAGACCACCCAAAACCUUCACAAUGGGCAGAGAUUUGUCACACAGGGAGUCCUUCCAAGGCCCUAAAAUACAGGAACCCACCGAAAAUACUCACGAAUUCUUUUCCGGAUUCCCCUCUGUUCGGUCGCGUCGCAUGUCGCACGGCACCGCGCCACCCUCGCCCGGUCACACCGUUCACCGCACGGAUGAUGAUGAGGAGUCCCUCACACACUCAAUGCAGUAUUGCAACCUUCUGACAUUGCCUCCCGCUGUGGACCGAGCGCUCAAACCCCGACAUUCGAGCCACAGUAUAGGAUUCACCAACAACUGUAAUGGACGGACAUACUCUCGCGGCAGUGUUAGCGAUGACAGGCGGCCCGAUGUCCUGCAAUACCUGGAUCUAGACCUGCACACGUCUAGACCUGCCUCGUCCAAGAUUCCAGAAGUGGUGGCGAGGAAGACGAUCGCGCACAAAUCACAAGCGUUAGCGGAGGCGGAGGCGGAAGCGGACAGCGCCUACAAAACCGUCGACUUUCUAAAGACUGAAGCGUUCAACAUCACCAGACAAGACGCGGAGGCGUCGAGAAGCAAUCAGCAAUAAUAUCUGGUAUCUAUCUGGUACUAUAUUUAUAUUACAUAGCCACAGAAGACUCUGACAUACAUAAAUGUCGUUGCCAAAUCGUAGAUUUGCGAAUUAUAUGGAAUGUAAAUAGUUAUCAUGAAAUGCGAACAUGAAAUGAUCGCAUUUCAUGAUGUGGCGAACACAAUUUGAAUAGGUUAAGUCAACAUUUCGACAAAAAAACGACUACUUCAA